AUGGAUGCCUUCCUGUCGAAGAAGCAACAGCUGAAAGAGGACCUCCAGCGGUCGCGGAGUAGAAUCUCCAUCUCCUUCGACCUCUGGACCUCGCCAAACCCGUACGCAAUCCUGGGUGUCGUCGCCAUGUGGAUUGACGCCACCGGCAAGCGACGAAGUACCGUCCUGGGCAUGCGACGCGUUCAUGGCGAGCACAGUGGCGAGAAUCUUGGGUCGACCGUUCUCGAAUUACUGAAGGAAUAUGACAUUGGCGGAGAUCAGAUUGGAUACUUCAUGCUGGACAAUGCUUCAUCCAAUGAUACCGCUGUUGAGUUUAUACUCAAGGAGCUCUGCCCAUGGAUGAAGCCGCAACAGCGUCGCCAUCGCCGACUGCGCUGCUUGGGUCACAUUGUCAACCUCUGCUGCCAGGCGUUUCUCAUCCGUCGAAAUUAUGGACAGCACUGGUUCGAGCUCGAAAAGAUCGAGCUCGCACUAAAAGACUUCUUCGCGGCAACUAUGCUUGCUGAAGGAAACAAGACAUCCCUCGCUGACUGGUUUUCGACUUUGGACUGUCUUCUUCGCGAGAUCAACGAGACGAAGGAUCACUACCAUGACGUUCACGAGGAAGACGACAACGACAACUUCACGUGGAAGUAUCUCCAAGGUUGUGCAGAUGCUGCGUGGUCAAAGUGCGAGGAGUAUUACAGCAACCGACAACGGACGUAUUACGCAGCUCAAGUACUCAAUCCGUAUCGAAAGUGGGCAUGGUUCAGGCAAGAAUGGGUUCUUCAGGGCGACGAAGGAAGACAGAAGUGGUAUGAAAGCGCACAGCUGGCGGUGAAGCAGCUCUGGGAGACAGAGUAUAAGGGAAAGUACCCUGUUGAGGCGCUACCACCUCCAGUCAGGAAGGACAAGGAUCCAGACCCGGCAUUCGAUCGGCAGAGGGAACAUAAACGCAUUCGCAUAGACGGCCCGGCUGCUGCCACCGAUCUGUAUGAGCAGUAUAUUUCGACCGACCGGCUGCAUGACGAGGAGGCAGGUUGCGAUGAGGCCAUCGCCUAUUGGCUAUCCCGUUAUGACUCGCAAAGAGACCUCGCCCGCUUCGCUCUGGAUCUAUUUGCAGUUUCCCCAAUGUCAGAUGAGUGCGAACGGCUUUUUAGUAGCGCAAAGCUUGCUGUACAGAUUGCGGUCAAUGGCGCCUCCAAUUAUGGAAGACAAGUCCGACCGGACCGCUUGAAGACCUGCAAGGAAGCCUUGAAGCAGGCCAGGUGGAAGAGCCUUCUCGAUGCAGUCAAGGAAUCUGGAGGCAGUCAGCAGCAGACCAGCAGCACAGGGGAGCCGCGGAAGCGAGGGGACUUUGUCGGCGUGGCCAUCAGCGCUGAAUGCCUCUCUGAUGGAACAACAGAAUCGGUUUUUGCAGCAUUGCAGCAGCAGCAUCCUCUUUACGACUCCACAAUCUACGACGGGGGUGCAACCACGCACGUCGUCAACAACAAGGAUCUGCUGGCCGACAUCAGGGAAGCAUCAGAGUCUGACUACAUCCUGAUUGGCGACAGCAGCCUCAAGGUCCAGGCGAGAGGAACUCGAAGGAUGGAAGACAUACUUGAUGGCGAGGAUGGGAAGAACACACGGGCACUUGUCUUGCUCGAUGUGGCCUUCGUUCCACGAUUCCACACGAACAUCGUCAGCGCAAAGAAGCUUGAGAAGAAGGGCUUGUGGCACCGUGGCUUUGACAACACGCUUAGAAUGGGAACGUACGACGACAAUGACGUCCUUUGUCGGCUUACGGAAAAGUACGAUAUCUAA